AUGUUCGUCCAACGUACGCCUGCCAAUGGCAUCCUCACCAAGGAGGAAAAAAUCCUUGAUGCUUCCGUCCUUCGUGGCAAUGUUUACAAAGGUCCUCCUCGGCCAGAGCUUGACAAAGCAUGGCAAGAACUCUUGCUCGACGCCAAUGUCCGUGUCUCAGGCAAAGAGCUGGCCAAAUCAGGCGGGGAAUCUAUUCCCCUUGGAGAUGGCUCCGGUUACUACGGCAUUCUGGACGUUUUCCAUCAGUUGCAUUGUCUGAAAUACGUCCGUCACUUUGUCUUCCAAGACUACUAUAAUGACACCAUGCCAUGGACGCCUACGCAUGUGGACCACUGCAUUGAUAGCAUCCGACAAAACCUGAUGUGCAACGCAGAUUUAUCGUUGAUGACUUUCCAUUGGGUUGAUGAUGAUAUGGCUCCAAAGCCUUUGUUUCGGAGGACUCAUGAAUGCGCAAAUUGGGACAAAAUCCAGGAUUGGGCUUCAAAGCGAUCUUUCAAUCCCGAUGAUCCAAAGUUGCUCCUUCAUCCUAAAUUAGCCAAGAAUUGA